AUUGGUUGGAAAACUUGUUCAGAUACUUGUUCACUUUUUGAGCUCAGCGGGUUAUUAACGAACAUAUUUGCAAUUUAUUUUCUAAGUGUAUAAAAAUGUGUUUAAACUAUUGUAAAUUUGUCAUAAAUUUUUGAAUGAAUAUGUUGCAAGUUCAGUAAAACGUGUCAGUUGAAAAUUUAAUGAAAUUCGUUAACCGUCGAAAUUUUGUUUUUCGAAAAAUGUGACUUGCUGGCGCUGCUGUUGAAAGAGAGAAUUUUACUAGAACCCGCAAGUUGUGCCGCUAUUUCUGGUGUUUCACAGCUUCCGCUUCAUUUGGUUAGUAGUUUCCGGAGCGAUAUCUUGUUGAUAUUUUCUAUUUGGAAGCUAUUUAUCUAUCGAAAAUGGUGACAACAUGUGUGGUUUGCAAUGUCACAAACCGCGGUAUGAUAAACAUAUUCGAGCACCCCAGACAUUUGGAUUAUAUGCUAAAUUUUGUGACUGAACAUAAGGUGGAGCGGAACGAUUUCUUGUGCGUAACAUGCUAUGACGAACUUAAAAUCGCCUUCAAAUUCAAACAGGAGUGCCAGCGGUCGCGUGUGUACCGAGGGACGCCCAAAUAUGUAGUCGAAGCCUUUGGAAGUGAAGUUGCGUCCAGUCUAGAUGAUUUCAGUGCCACAUUUUUCGAAAUACCGAAAUCACCAGGGACAAGGUUGACAUAUGAACUGCAGCACCGCCAUAGGGCUCAAAUUCAUUCCAGCAGUGCGAAAAACAAGCGCAGGCACCGUAAUAAACAGAGGAGGCGCCCCAUUUCAAAAUAUGCUGACAACGAUAUCAACAAGAAUCUUGGACAAGGACAAUGCGAAUAUUGCUUUGUCAUACUCGCAACAGUUGAACUUCUUCAAGAGCACAAAUCUCAACACAAAGAAGAACGGCCGUACAGCUGCAACCAACCGAAUUGGACAGCUCGCUUCAAACAUCGCUACAGUGUGAGAAGUCAUGUACGGGUUCAUUCGGAUCAGAAACGAUACAAAUGCCGCUUUUGUAGCAAAGGUUUCCACAAGCGGGGUAACCUAAAGGCGCACGAACGUUGUCAUUCCGUUGUCCCCACGGAAAUCUAAAGUCCCAUAUUCGAUUUAACACGGGAGUUAUAAAAUGUGAAACAAAUUUCUUGUUUCGUUUUAUUUUUUUAUUGAUAAAAGAAAAUUAACUGUUCUUAAAUUUUAAUUUAGGUCUGUUCUAUUUUCGAGUUGAAAUACGAAUGAAUCAAUUCUUAACUUAAAUUUCUAUCUCAAUUUCUCCUAAACAAAGGAUUAAAAGCUUAA